ACAGCUGUCAAGUCUUGAGGGUGGGUGGUAGCACACCCCCCAUUUGUGUUAUAGGCGGCCCCCAGCUGGCGAAAAGCCUUUUAGUCUUGCCAGUCUGUUAUCAUUCUGGUUCUUAUCAGUGACGAACUACAUACACGUAUAAUUUGAUUUGCUACUAAGUGCGACCGAGCAGCCGAUUUUAGUUCCAUUCCUCAUUUCAUUUAGUGUAGGACCUGAGAAAGUGAGAUAAGAUGCUGCGGUCAAGGCUUGGUCAGUUGCAACAGCAGUUGGGCAUUGGAUUGAGAGCGUUCGCCUCGAAAACAUCUUCAAAGCCCGUGUUCAAUUGGGAGGACCCGCUAAAUCUGGAGUCUCAGUUGACUGAAGAUGAGAUCGCCAUCCGAGAUUCGUUCCGGAGCUUCUGCACGGAGAAGCUGCUACCUCGUGUGAUAAUCGCAAACAGAAAUGAAGUUUUUCAUAAAGAGAUCAUGGAAGAAAUCGGUGAACUUGGAGCUCUGGGAUGUACGAUCAAAGGAUAUGGAUGCGCUGGCGUGUCGAGCGUUGCAUAUGGUCUCUUAACCCGCGAAGUUGAACGAGUUGACUCAGCGUACAGGUCAGCAUUGAGUGUUCAGAGCUCUUUGUGUAUGGGAGCAAUUUAUGACUUUGGUAGUGACAAGCAAAAGGAGAAAUACUUACCAGAUAUGGCGAAAGGAAAAAUUAUAGGCUGCUUUGGCCUCACCGAACCAAACCAUGGAAGUGACCCCAACGGAAUGGAAACCCGUGCUAAAUACGACAGUGCUUCAAAAACAUAUAUUUUAAAUGGAAGCAAAACAUGGAUCACAAGUUCGCCGAUUGCCGAUAUUUGUGUAGUUUGGGCUAAGUGUGAUGAUGGUAAAGUACGAGGCUUCAUAAUCGAUAGGAAGGAAAGUUCCAAAGGCCUUUCUACUCCUCGCAUUGAAGGCAAAUUUUCACUCAGAGCCUCUCCAACCGGAAUGAUACUCAUGGACGAUGUUCGCGUACCUGAAGAAAAUUUACUUCCAAAGGUAGAGGGCUUCCGAGGACCAUUUACUUGUUUGAAUAACGCUCGUUAUGGCAUUGCGUGGGGAGCUUUAGGCGCUGCUGAGGCUUGUUAUGCCAUCGCUCGUCAAUAUACUUUAGAUAGGAUUCAAUUCAAGCGUCCAUUGGCUGCCAAUCAACUCAUCCAGAAGAAGUUAGCUGACAUGGCCACCGAAAUUUCACUGGGACUACAAGCAUGUGUUCACACUGGACGCUUGAAGGACAAGGGUCUCCUCACGAAUGAAAUGGUUUCAAUUAUAAAACGGAACAAUGCUGGCAAAGCUUUGGAAAUUGCCCGUGUCUCAAGGGAUAUGCUGGGUGGAAAUGGUAUAGCUGACGAAUAUCAUGUCAUCAGGCACGUGAUGAACUUGGAAGCCGUAAAUACAUAUGAAGGCACGCACGAUAUCCACGCGUUGAUUUUGGGACGUGCAAUUACGGGCAUUUCAGCGUUUUCAUAGAAUACGAUUGUCCCCUCCAACCAACUGCAGUGCAUUUUGAAAAUAACCAAUGUAUCUAUUUUUUGUAUAAAUUGUAUAUACUGAUGAA